AUGCCUAAAGUUACUAUUGUUGGCGCUGGCGUUGUAGGCCUAACCGCCGCAAGCCUGCUACCAAAGACAUGCGAGAUCACCGUCGUGGCUAGGAACUUGCCUGGCGACGAGCUCUCACACGAGUGGGCUAGCCCCUGGGCUGGAGCCGUCUUCCUCGGGCUUGACGGAUCCAACCUUCGUGAGCAGAAGAUGCAGCUUGACUCCUUUGCCUUUUGGUGGCAGCUUGCCAAGACUCAUCCGGAGUCCAGUGUGAGGGCGAUCGAGAUGAAUGAUUUCCAAGAUGUGACACCGCUUGAGAAGUUCCGCGUAAUGGAGCCGCAUGAGUUGCCAAAGGACGCAAAGUUAGGAAUGAGCUACAAAACCGUGGUCCUGACACCGCACAUUUUCCUUCCUUGGCUUCGGCAGCGCCUUGAGAAAUCCGGCGUCGAAUUCGUCCGCAAGAACCUCCAAUCCCUUGCCGAUCUCAAGGGCUCUGGAUACGAUGUUCUCAUCAACGCCACUUCGCUCGGUGCGCGGUAUCUGGCGGAUGUAGCAGAUAAGCACAUGGUGCAGGUCCGAGGCCAGACUGUCCUCGCCAAAACCAGCUAUAACAAAGUUUUUAUGCGCCAUGGAAAAGACUACACCUAUGUAAUCCCAAGGCUUGAUGGCACGGCUAUCUUGGGAGGUAUUAAGCAGCACGGUCAGACGCACACUGAGGUUGAUGACUCCAUCACAGAGGACAUUCUGCGUCGGGUGCACGAGAAUCUGCCGGAGCACUUCACCGGCCCAAAGCCAGCGGACUAUGAUGUGAUUCGUUACAACGUGGGCAUCCGCCCUGACAGGCCCACGGGUGUGCGAGUAGAAAAGGAAGUCAAGGACGGAGAGAAGAUAGUUCACGCCUAUGGCACAGGCGGUGGCGGCUACGUGUUUAGCUGGGGUGUAGCCAAGGAAGUGAGCAAACUAGUUGGCGAGUUCUUGUUCGACCCCCCUACGCCCAGAUUGUAG